AUGCAGUACCUCAACGUGAACGGCAUCAGGGAGAAGGCCCUCGACGCCGAACUGAAGCGGUACUACGACAACAUCCUCCUCACCAUCCCCUACGCCGACGCGCGCGACAAGGAGGAGAAGCAGAAGGAGAGAGAGGAGAGACAGCGGCUCGCCGAGGUCAGGCGCAACCGGUUCAUGCGCUCGAGCGCGGAGCCAUGCGAGGAAAAGGAAGAAGAAGAAGAAGAAAAGGAGAAGGAGGAGGAAAAUGAAGAAGAAGGAGGUCAACCAGCGGACCAACACGAUGAAGGGAGCGACAAAGACAACGAAGGCGACGCCAGCGAAGCUAAGGAGGCCGGGUCGAAGAAGCAAGACCUCAUGGACGUGGUCAAGCCCCUGCAGCGGUUGGUCAGUCUGGAAAAGAUUCGUGAGCAGAUCUUGGACCUCGAGGACCGGAUCCCGUACCAACUGCUGCUGAACCGCGUCGCCUACGCCAAGAAGCGGCCUGCCUGGCGAAAGACAGUGGAAACAGAGCACAGUCCAGCGGUACUGUGUGAGCUGCUGCUUUUCCUGGAGGCGCAAAUGAUUGGCAAGGCGAUGAAGGACUGGCACAACUCGACCAGACAGACGAGAUGGCGACGCUUUUGCCGCGACAGUGUGGCCACAUCGCUGAGUCAGGUGGCGCUGGUGCUAGCCGUCUUCGAAGGCGCAAUCCAAUGGCAGCAAGCGAAACAAUCGGAGAAGUGCCAGAUUUGCAGACGCAGCACUCAGCCGGGCUGCAUGCUGCUGUGUGACGGCUGCGACCGCGGCUUCCACACGUUCUGUCUCAAUCCGCGCCUGAAAUCGGUGCCCAGCGGCGAAUGGUAUUGCAAAUCGUGCCUCGCCAACUCCAAGUCGGCGUGCGAGGUGUGCGAGGGCGGGGGCCGACUGCUCUGCUGCGAGGUGUGCCCUCGUGUGUACCACCUCAAGUGCCUCGACCCACCGCUCAAGCAGGUGCCCAAGGAGAAGUGGACGUGCCCACAGCACGAACCCCGGCCUGUAACGCUGCGACGAAGCAAACGGCAUGCGGUGGAUGAUGAUGACGAUGGCGAUGAUGAAGAAGACGAAGAGGACAAGAGCGAAGAGGAGGAAGAGGAGAAUAAGGAAGAGAGGAAGAGGAGAGGAAAGAGAAAAGAGGAAGAGGAGGAGGAGGAGGACGAAGAAAAGAACGAGAGCGAGGAGGAACACCAGAGAUCAAAAAAGAAGAAAACGGGAGGAGGAAAGAAGGAGGCGGCGAGGAAGAAGGAGGAAGAUGAGGAAGAUGAUGAUGAAGCAGAGGAAGAGGUGAACGAAGACGGGGAGAGUGGAGAAGAAGUAGCGCAACCCGCGACCCCAAAGCAGCCUGGCCGGACUGCUACGCGCAAGAAGCUGAAGAGACAAGCCGCGGCGAGCACACCAACCGAGGGUGACUCUCUCAAGAAGCGGGCAAUGUGA